AAAUAACACAACAAACGAUAAAGCAAAAUUCAAUAUUGUGAGACGUUGUAAAUGCCAAAUCUGUUAAAAUAUGUUUGAAUAUAAAAGUACCUCAGCAGCCUCCCAGGAGUUGAAAGAUCAACUUUAUAAUAUACGUACGAGUCCUCCUGCUAUGUAUCACGAUGAUCUGAGUCCGGGGUAUGAUAGCUUAUCCUCGGUACAUCCCGCUAAAGUGCAUUCUAAAGUGAAUGUCGCAUAUCAUGCUAAAGUUGUACAAGAUCAUGAGAGACACAAAAAGCCAAAGCCCAGGAUGUCCGAUGCGUUGCGAGGCAAAAAUGUUCCCCUGUAUCAACAAGAUGUCUACCCAAAGGCUUUCGAUUUUGAACAAACUGAUAAGCUGGAAAGAAAACUUAGCCUCACCAUUAACCGGAGUGAAAAGAACACCAAACGCGCCAGCUACAUAAAAAGUGUUGAGUGGGACCAAGAGUCAUGGGUGCUCUAUGAUAGGGUGUUUAACGAUCAGUUCGACAUUAGCCAACAUCCAAGCUAUACGAUCAAGAACGUUGCCUAUAAUCUGGAGUGCGAAGUGGUCUAUAUGGAGGCUAGGGAGAAGUAUAAUGCACACUUCCGCCGUGAAAUGGAAAGCUUUAUUGCCUCGAAGCGCACCGCCGGCGAUCAGUUUUUCACCAGAAGACUUUUAUCCUAUACAUCACUUUGGCCACCGCUGCAUACAAAAGCUGAACUGAACAUAUUUAUAAAGAAGUUUUUUCAACUGACGCCGGCGCAGAAAAAACGUUUACAUUUUUUAAUGACAACCGAUUUUACGACAAUUUAGUACAAGAAAAUUUACAACAUUUAAUUGCAGGCGUAAAUGUGUUAGUUAAAUAUCACAGAGGAAUUUACUAACAUAAGUAUAUUUGCAAUAAAAUAUCAAGG